AUGAUUCAGAAGCAGUACGGUACUUCACGCUCACAUCUGAAAACAUUCCAAAGAUUGGCACGAAUGCGGAAGAACGAUGAGACGCUCAAUACGGGACUGAUCACUAUUGGUCAACUUAUCGACAGUGGUUUCACAAUUGUCCGGCAUCCGGAUGAGCAGAAUAGCACUACCGGAAAGGUAAGCACGCUUUUCUCUCUUCACCAGUUAUAA